AUGACCGACGCAACCAAAUCCCUCAGCCCACCACCACCUCCACCCCCACCAGCACAACCAGCAACAACGCUCGAAAACCAAGAACACCCCACAACAACACCUCCCUCGAGCAUCCAAUCCGAACUCAAUGCCGCAGUCGACGACCUACUAGACCAACUCCAGCAUAAAUUCGACGGCGUGUCCAGGGAUAUUUUUGCGAAGUUGGACGACAUGGCGCGCCGACUAGACGAGCUGGAAGCGUCGCUGGCGCUGAUGGAUGGGCCGACGGCUUCCCCUGAGGGCACGGGGACAGGGACAGGCGCAGGCGCGGGGAGCGUGUCUGCUGGGAGUGGAGGGGCCGGGGACCAAGGGGCGCGGAGUCCGAGUCCCGGGAUGUGA